GGCGCGGGGCGGGCGCGGCCGGGCCGGCCCCCGGGCUGCCUUUUCCUUUUUGAUCCAUUCAAAAAUUACUCAUUGCCCGUCCCCGGAGCGCCCGAGCCCGGCCGGCGGGGGCAGCUCGGAGCGCGGCCUCCCCUCCCGGCGGGCCAUGGCAGCGCGCUGAGCCCGGCCGCGCCCGCACCCCUGGCCAUGGCCGCGCGCGAGGAGCUGUACAGCAGAGUGACCCCGCGGCGGGCCCGCCAGCAGCGCCCCGGCACCCUCCGGCACGGCUCGGCGCUGGACGUGCUGCUGUCCAUGGGCUUCCCCCGAGCCCGCGCACAAAAGGCCCUGGCAUCCACAGGAGGAAGGAGCGUUCAGGCAGCAUGUGACUGGCUCUUCUCCCACGUGGGUGACCCCUUCUUGGAUGACCCUCUGCCCCGCGAGUACGUGCUCUACCUCCGGCCCAAUGGCCCCCUGGGCCAGAAGCUGUCAGAUUUCUGGCUGCAGUCGAAGCAGAUGUGCGGGAAGAACAAGGCACACAACAUCUUCCCACACAUCACGCUCUGCCAGUUCUUCAUGUGUGAGGACAGCAAAGUGGAUGCCCUGGGAGAGGCCCUGCAGGCCACCGUCAGCCGCUGGAAGUGCAAGUUCUCGGCCCCGCUGCCGCUGGAGCUGUACACCUCCUCCAACUUCAUCGGUCUCUUCGUGAAGGAGGACAGCGCCGAGAUCCUCAAGAAGUUCGCGGCAGACUUCGCUGCGGAGGCUGCGUCCAAGACAGAAGUCCACGUGGAGCCUCAUAAGAAGCAGCUGCACGUGACCCUGGCUUACCACUUCCAGGCCAGCCACCUCCCCACCCUGGAGAAACUGGCCCAGAACAUCGACGUCAAGCUUGGCUGUGACUGGGCGGCCACCAUCUUCUCCCGGGACAUUCGCUUUGCGAACCAUGAGACGCUGCAGGUGAUCUACCCCUACACGCCGCAGAAUGACGACGAGCUGGAACUGGUCCCCGGAGACUUCAUCUUCAUGUCUCCGAUGGAGCAGACCAGUACCAGUGAGGGCUGGGUCUAUGGCACAUCCCUGGCCACGGGCUGCUCAGGCCUCCUGCCCGAGAAUUACAUCACCAAGGCGGACGAGUGCAGCACGUGGAUAUUUCAUGGCUCCUACUCCAUCCUGAACACGGCGUCUUCAGGGGCCCUCUCCUUUGGGGACGGGGUCUUGGAGAGACGGUCGUAUGAGGACCAGGCCCUGGGGGAGACCACCCCCCUGACGAUCGUCUGCCAACCCACACAGCCCCUCAGGGUCAGCAGCCAGGCGGGCCCCCAGAAGCGAUACCUGUUUGUGUGCCGGCACGGGGAGAGGAUGGACGUUGUGUUCGGGAAGUACUGGCUGUCCCAGUGCUUUGAUGCCAAAGGCCGCUACAUCCGCACCAACCUGAACAUGCCCCCCAGCUUACCUCAGCGGAGCGGCGGCUUCCGGGACUACGAGAAGGACGCGCCCAUCACUGUGUUUGGCUGCAUGCAGGCGAGGCUCGUGGGUGAAGCCUUGCUGGAGAGCAACACCGUCAUCGACCACGUCUACUGCUCCCCAUCCCUGCGCUGCGUGCAGACGGCCAACAACAUCCUGAAAGGUUUACAACAAGAAAAUCACUUGAAGAUCAGAGUAGAGCCCGGCUUGUUUGAGUGGACAAAAUGGGUCGCGGGGAACACGUUGCCGGCAUGGAUACCUCCGUCAGAGUUAGCAGCGGCCAACCUGAGUGUGGACACAACCUACAGACCUCAUAUCCCAGUCAGCAAAUUAGUGGUUUCAGAACCUUAUGACACUUACAUCAAUAGAAGUUUUCAAGUAACGAAGGAAAUAAUAAGUGAAUGUAAGAGUAAAGGAAGCAACAUCCUGAUCGUGGCCCACGCCUCGUCUCUGGAAGCCUGUACCUGCCAACUCCAGGGCCUAUCACCUCAGAACUCCAAGGACUUUGUUCAGAUGGUCCGAAAGAUCCCCUACCUGGGAUUUUGCUCCUGUGAAGAACUCGGAGAAACUGGCUUGUGGCAGCUGACAGACCCACCCAUCCUCCCUCUUACCCACGGCCCGACGGGGGGCUUCAACUGGAGAGAGACUCUGCUCCAGGAGUAACGGUGCACGCGCCAGGAGACGGGGGUUGCUGGGAGCUGGCGGAGGAGCAUCUGCCGGUUUUGUUUCGUAACAGCGGAAAAACUGGCACCACUGUUUAAGCAGACGGCUCAGAUUCAUUUAGCAUAUUCCUACCUUGCUUUCAAGUGCUUAUAAGGAGGAGCGAGCGCGCGGGAGAGGAGGACUCGGGGCAGGUGUAAGAUUCAUCCUCUCACGAGACUCGGGAGAUCCAUCGUCCUCCACGGCGUACGUGCGCGCCCGUCACGGAGGAGGAGGUGUGACACCUUCCUUCUGUCGUGGGAGCCGGCCCGAAAGGAGCUUCGGAAAGAAAGGCGUCUCUCUAGGAUCCAGCCAGGGUGGCACUGAGCCGGCCAGCUCGUGGCGGGCGUUUCCUUUCACACGGUCCAGUUAGGUCAAGGGAAACGGAGGGUUCUGGAAAGGCAGCCGGGAAGCAGGUCCUGCAGAGAACGAAUCUGAGGUUCCACCCGAAGGCCCACCCUCUCUACCACCCCACAGCCCCCGGACUGCGGCCCCCAACCCCCCAACCCUUCUCCCUGGCUCCACCACCUUUUCUCUCGGCCCAUAGCUUUCGACUAUAGCCACCCCCACCCCCACCCGCUUCCUUUGAUCUGUGAAAUGGGGAGACAAAGCACCUUUGCUCUCCAAAGCACUUUUAGAUACUCAGGAGGAGAAGCAUUCCAUUCUAGGAGCAAAGAACUUGCAAAAACGCAAAAAAAGACUCGGCACUUGGGAACGCCAUGGUUUGCUGGUCUUUGCCCCUCCCCCUCACCUUUACCCUCCCCACCCUCCCCACCCCCACCCACCCGGAGUCCAGACUGUUCCUCUGUGUGGAGAUGGGCAGAGGGAAGGGGCUUGUGUUCAAGACAGAAUCCCGGUCAGCCAGAAGCUCAUGCUUGUGCAAUAUGGACUUCUUCCAAGGGCCGGGUCGUCGCCGUCCGUGACAAUCCACCUCCACCACAGAGAACCUCCCCUGGCUCGCCAGGGAAUGGCAGAGAGGACGAUGACGUCAGGCUUAAGUGAUGACCCAUCACGGCCGCACUGCUUCCAUUUUUACUGGUUUGCUUUUCUAUCAUAAUUUAAACUCGGGGAAACUUGAGAGUACCGUCCGCCUCCCGGGGCUUCUCGUGGCACCUGCCUCUUGGAUUUCGAGGGAGUCUAUUUAAGGGGGGCGGGGGGUGGGGGGAAAUAAAUGACAAUCAAACCCAAACAUGCAGCGAUCCAUGUCUAUUUCGUGGUGGGAUUUGCCGUGCAGUGCCUGGGAUGGCCCAGCUCCCUACACAGGCUGCGUGCACAGAGCAAAACCCCAGCCUCCCCACCCCCUGGCCCCCCGUCCCCGCCCCUACACACCCCUCCAGGGGUCAGCAGUGUAAGACAAAGCAGGGUACAGCCUCGCCCCAGUCAGCUUCCAAGCCCAGAUGCCUCAGCCAUACGGCAGAUAAAAAUAGCUCUGUGCUCCGACUUGAAAUUGGAAUUUGAUGAUCCCUGAAAAGAGGAGGAGUGAGAGGAAGUGGCGGUGUAUGUUACUCCGCUGAUGGGGAUGAUGAUGAUAGCUGAAGGUUCUGCUUUCCCUUUAGUCACUUGGAGACAUAAGUCACGAACAAAUCUGAACGUCUCCUGGCCCUGCGUAGUGAAGGACCCGCCUUCUGGGUCUAGAAAUAAUGUUGUGCUGACAUCUGGUGCAGUGGCUCGAGGGAGCUUAAUAACGGGAGUAAAUGACUGCCAUGAACGGCCUUAAAAGUCACGUCGGAACUGAGGUCCUGGAUGGAUGUCCCCGCAGUUCAUUCUUUUAUCUGUGAUGAGGUGACUCUUGAAUCCGGUCUCUCGUGCUCAGCAGACACCACAGACCUUUUCAUGGGCGAUCAGUGUUUAAAACCAUGCGGGGGCCUUGUGACAGACGUCCCAGGAAACUCGAGCACUGUGUUCUGGGCUUUUCUGUUUAGAACAGGGCUCCGGAGACUUUGCCUCCCCCUCUCCAUGGUCCGAGCCCCAUGAUGGCCGAGAUAGGUUCAGUUUCUGGGCUCAGAGCCAGGCAGUCUUAGUCUAUUGUUUACAUGAGUCAGAGGAGGCAGAGAUGGGAAAUAAGGUCUUUUUUUAAAAAAAAAAAGAAUCCAGGUGAAAUCCUUGAGUAAAAGGUAUUUCUCUACUUUAGAUAUCCAGAUCGAUAACCUGAUCUGAUUUCACGUCCAGUUCUCUUUCACAUGAGCCUUUCCAGAAGCUAAACCUGGACUCCAACUGAGAAACUCUUUGGAAAAUCAGGUUUAGUUUGUGUGGAAGAAAAGAAAUGACUGCAUUACGUGAGUCCCUCUUUUCCCCAAAUGCAGGGCAGUAUUAGGAUUUGAACUUGAGAUUGAUUCUUAUUUAUCUGAGGCUAAUGCUCAUUAAGAACAAAAAGUCUGAGGGAAGGAAGGAAGGAGGCAGUCAGGAAAUGCCAGAUGAGAAGAAUUCCAUGUCUCUUCUAGAGAGGAUAUUUUAUUCAUCAAGAUUAUCAGAAAUAAACAUGAAAUUUACUCAAGGAUUUUAUUUGGAAGUGAGGAAACAGUUUGCUGCCUGCACAACCGUGCCAUGUCCAUCCGUUAUCACCCCAGUAUUAUUCACAGAUAGAACUUUUGUUUUCAGUGAUUUUAAAAUGCCACAUCUAUCCCUCUGCGGAUUGGAAUAAUUGGUGCAUUUUAAUGCACAAGCUGGUGGUCUCAUUUGCUCAGGCUCUCUUUCUCCAUCACACCAUUGGUAGCUAGGAGCUUAUUGCUUUAGCCCAGUAUGGAGUUCAGAAAACAGUGUUUUCCAUUACAUUUAGAUUCAUAGAAUCUGAGUGGCUGAUUAAAAGGCCAUCUGAUGGCUGAAGGGGGGGAGUGUGAGGGGGUGGUUAUUUUUCACGUAGCGAAAGGCCUGGCGGAGUUUCUACUUUUUAUUUGAAUUAUACUUUAACCAAAGAAUUAUUUGAAAGUAACCUUAUAUUUGAAAGAUGAUUUUGCAAAAAAAAAUAAAUAAAUAAAAACAAAUGAAAAAUC